AGAUUCUGCAAGCCUAACUAUGAAGUUGUGAGGGGUUUCCAACCUUUGGGUUUGGGCAGUUUAUGUGACGCUGCCUGACGUCACAACAUCGCCCGCCCCCCUCCACUCCACUCCACUCGCUCCAGCGGAAGGAGUCUGGAGCCUGGACGCUGCUUCACCGUCCGCACACCUUUUACCUCACAAACACACCGAGAACAUUGGCUGCUUGUCCGCAAACCCGUCACCCGAGGAGGGGAAAGGACUUUCAGAUGUUUCAAGUGUGGAGCUUGACAGGAGACCAACGACGGGGAAACGGAACGCUGAUUCGUGUGGUGAAACCUUUAAUCCACGGACUUGGAUCUCGCCCUCAGCCGGCGAACGACACAAGUGUCUCUCAAAGUGAGUGCACGUCACGCGAGGACCAUUUAUGACUGAGGCUCGGGGGGCUUGAGGACUGCGGAUUGUGUAUUCUCAGGACUGUGCGCUUUACAAGAAGACUGGCGAGCGAGACUAACAGCUCCGACAGUACGAUGGGGAGCAGCUGGCUGAUUCUUGGCGUCAUUCUGCUGUCCAGCCAAGUGGUUCGGAGUCAGCGUGUGCGGGUGCUGCCUGAGGUGGAGGCCUAUCCAAAUGAAUCUGUUAAUCUGCGCUGUGAAUUCACCAACCCAGGAAGCACUAAACUCACACAGGUGUCAUGGAUCUUCGAAGCAACUGAGGGCCACAGGGAGAACAUAGCGGUUUUCCACCCGACGUAUGGUGAGAGUUUCCCCAAGUCAGCCUUUAAGGGCCGUGUCCAGUUCACCCAAGCUUCCCUGGAGUACCCCUCUAUUAGAAUUGACAGUGUGAGGAUGUCCGAUGCUGGCAGGUAUACCUGUGAGUACGCCACGUACCCUAGUGGUAACGAACAGGGAACCACCACACUCAUCAUGCUUGCCAAGCCUAAAAACUCAGCCACCCCGGUUGUGGUGCAGGCUGGCAGUGCCAAGGUCGUGGUGGCACGCUGUGAGGCACUGCAGGGGAAGCCUGCUGCCACAGUCACAUGGGUGACUGGUGCCAUGGGUGAGUACAACAGCACGUCUCAGGCUGAAUCAGAUGGCACGGUGACGGUCAAGAGCGAGUACCGCAUGGCCCCAGCAUCCACUGACAACGGCCGAGACAUCACCUGUAUGAUCAGCCAGCGCACACAGGAUCGGCCUCAGACCUUCCCCAUGAAGCUGGUGGUCCAGUAUCCCCCCACUGUCAGAAUAGAGGGAUAUGAUAAUAACUGGUAUAUGGGACGGACCGAUGCAUCACUGACCUGCCAUGCUGAUGCCAAUCCCAAGGUCGUUGAUUUUACUUGGACAACACUGUCGGGAAACCUGCCAGCUACAGCAAAAGUGGAUCAGAACAGGCUGCUGGUGCAAAAGGUGGAUGAGAGCGUGAACACCACCUUCAUCUGUGAGGCAAAAAAUAGUCUGGGGUCAGGCAAGAGCCAGCUUACAGCUGCGGUCAUAGCAAAGGGUAAACAACCCCAGGGAGCACUGACGGGGGGCGUCGUCGGUGGCAUCAUCGGCGCUGUGGUCAUUCUAUGUCUGAUCGGAGCUGGGGUGGCUAUGUAUCGCAAAUGGUUGCAGAGCGCUGAAAAUGGAGAUGGGCCACCCAAGCACAAGCCGCCUCCCCCUGUGAAGACUGGCAGCUCGACUGAGAUGUUGCAUAAGCCAAAGGACCAGACCAUGACAGUCACAGAAACUCAGCCCUUGAGCAACUACGCACCAAGCUACUAUGAGACUACGGCUGCUGAACCAGUCACGGAUCUUGAUGAUGAAAACCUCAGCAGCCCUGCAAAUGGUGGUGCCCCCUCUGCUUGGGAGGGCUCAGGGCACCCUCCUGGGAUGGAUGAAACUGCCAGUGAUGCACUUCCCCCAUAUGAGCCCUCAAACCAUGACAACGUGGAAGCCAACCACGAGCCUGCAGCUGCUAACAUAGCCCGUGGGGAGAGUUUUGUGUCUGCGCCAAUGUUGGUCUAGAGAUGCAGGCCGUGCCAACAAGCGCACUGCCACCCUCCUGUCCAACCUCAGCUGGAACUAAGAAAAAGGUAGCCUGCCACAGCUUGGGCACCUACAGAAACCACCCAGCCUAAAUAUAUGGUAAAUUAAAUUCUUAUUAUACAUGGUUGAUGUCGUAUUGCCAAUUUUCAUGAUUUGCAGAUGGUCCGUCUAUAACAUGUCUGGAGCACUGUUAGACUGUAGUCAGUUGAUACUGAUCCAGUGCAAACGCUUAUGCAAUGGCUGAUUAAGAUCAGUCAGUUUGUUGGGGAAAAUUUUGCAGUGAGAAUUGGUAAUGCUUUCAUUUUGAGGUAUUGUGUUAUGUUCUAGGCUUGUGUUAAAGAUAAAAACAUGGACAAAAUGUUUGUUGGCCACUUUGACUCAUUAGAUCGAUGAAUUCCAAGUUCAAAAUACAAGAAUUAACUUUUAUUCUGCCAAAUUACACUCUGUUACGUUAGAAGGUCGUAUUCCAUAACAAUUUUCUUUUGCAACCAUGCAGUGCAAUGCACAUUUAACUGUUGAUAUCACUUGCCUUUGCCUGUGUUUUCAACUUCAGUGAUUUUAAAGAAACUGUCUUGUAGUAUAUGCAAUGUAUUUCACAUAUGGCAAAAAUAAUGUAUUUUUAUAUUUUGUAUUUGACCUUUUUCAUUUGCAAGGUGACUAACAUUCUUUUCAUUUUUUUUUCUCCCUAAGUUCUUAAACUCUUUAAAUCUGAAAAGUACCAAAAGAGAACUGUAAAUAAUAUUCUGAAAUAAUAUAUAUUGUUAGUCAAAUGUGUGCUCGGAAAAAAUAACAUCAGUGGGAUUUGAAAUGAAAUUGUACAUUUUUGACAACUUAUUUUAACAGGUAUUAUUAUCGUUGUAUGCCAGUAUUUAAAAUAUAAACUGUGAGGAUCUUCUUCUGUGUAGUCUGCAUGGCAUGACUGGUGGAUUUUCUAAACACAAUGGGCACAUGUCUUUUUGUUUUGUGUUUUUUUCUUUCAUGAUUCAUUACAUUCUUCAUCUCUCAGGCCACAUAAAGCACAAUUUUGUAAUAUGAAACUGGGAUGGGAGAGGAUUUUAGUGAUAUCUGAACACAGUUCUCGAUAAGCCUAAUUGGAAUGCACUGAUUGGUUAGUAGUAUGGUUUGGUCACAUUGUAGGUUGCAGUGUAGCGUCUGGUUUUACUGGUGGCGGUGCUCACAAAUUCUCUUCAUAUUUAUGGUCUUGAAAGUUAAAAUUGCUGAUAAUGUGCAGAGACCAUGUCCGUUCCAUUAGGAUGCCAGCAGUGCAGUAACUUGGGUUGGUCAUGCUGCUACUGACCUAUGUGACCUCUUCCUUACUUUUUCAGAGAAGCUUGCCUUUGAGUCUGUAUCAGUCUGUGUUCUCAGUAGAUCUACAAGUGUUUGAAGACAUCAGAGUGUUUGUGCCAAAGAGCUAUAAACCAACAGCCUGAUUUCUCAUCCUAUUUUGCUCUGCUCAUUCACAUAUUCUUUAUGACGCCAGCUGGACUUGUUUUCCUUUUGUCAUGCAAACACAACACACAUGUGGGCCAUUACUUUUGGUUCUAGAAACAAAUGAGCUGGACCAUAGCCACUAAAACAUGCUUGGAGCAGAGAUGAUUUGAUUAUUUGUAGCUGCAGUGCUCCACAUUUCCUGAUGUCAGCAGUUUCAAAGUGAAACUACAGACUUUGGAUAAGGCUUCAGGCAGUUGAAUCACAAAACCUGUAUUAAAACAGUGGUGAUCUAGACGUGAGCUACAAUGGGCCAAACUUGAUAUUAAGUGUAGUGUUUUGAUAAAGAGUGAUGGGGUCUUUUAAACAUGCACAUGUAAAAUAAAGAGCACAUUUUGAAUAUUUUAUUAUAGAUAGAUAGAUAGAUAGAUAGAUAGAUAGAUAGAUAGAUAGAUAGAUAGAUAGAUAGAUAGAUAGAUAGAUGUACAAUUUGCUUAUAAUAGAGGUAGUAACUAUUCUUAAUUCUUCAUUAAAACUGAUUCCAUUUACUGCCUGAUCCUGUGCCCUCUUGGACAUGGAAGCAUAUGGACAGUUUAUGCAGAUGAUCACUGCAAUAUUUUGCUUGAAAUACGACAAUCAUUACCUUUUUUUCUCCUUUUUGCACUGUAUUGUCGUCUUUGUUUCUUUAAAAAAACAGGAAUGAAUGUCUGCAUGCUGCAUGGAAUUCUGGGUAGCCAACAUUAUUCUCAUGUGCAACAUAGCUGUGACUUCACAGUUGUAUAGGUCAUUCACUAAAAACUGAGUAUGGGGUAAUCAGUGUAUUGCCAUAAUUUCUUUAGAAGCGACAUGAUGUUUGUGCAAACCUUUUGAUGCGUAAAGUCCCGACAUAUUAUACACCUGGGAAUCCUCAGGGCCUUCUAGACCUUCAGAGAAGACCUAAUGAUUUCCAGGAUCUAAAAAUACAUUUCUAUAAUAUUUAGGUAAUUUCCUUUCAUAGAAUGUUCAUAUUUAAACACUGCAGGUACUGUAGUAAUACACUUAUUAUUUCAGUGUUUAGUUGUUUUCGUCAUAGAAUUUAUUGGUUAUGCCUUCAGGAGCUCAACUGAGUGAACUAUCAGCUUAAUUAGCAGCUGACAGUGGAAUCAACUAAUCACAUUUUGAAUUUUGAAGAAAAAAAUCAUACUCUCGAUUUUGAAGACCUUGAUGCAUCACAGAUUGAGAAUACGAGCCAUAGGCUGACCAAACAGUUGUUGGAAAACUAUAUGCCAGGGCUGGAACAAGAUAAAAUAUGUUAUUGUAUGUAAAAAAAAAACUGCAAGUAAUACAUGAGGGGUGUUAAAAUGUCUAUGUUUAAUGUCGAAUGACCAAAAAACUUUAAUGUGCACCAUCAUAACUUAUUACUUAUAUACCAUUAGGCGCUAACAGACAUUAGAAAAGUUGCAGAGGUCUUUUGUUUCUUUUUUUUAACAAUUUUAACAAUUAUAAUCUAAACUAAAGACAUGCCUCUAACAUUUCUCCACAAUUAUGCAUACUGUCUAAUUUUGGAAAUGUUUGAAACUGAACAUUUUGAAGAUUGCACACCAGUUUUUGAUGAUCCUGUAUCAGGAUGGCUGUUAAAGCCCAUGUCAAUAACUAAACUGCCAAAAACAUAUUAGACAUUCAUUAGAUUCCAUUAGAAGGCUUUGUAGCACACACUCAUUAAUUAAUGAGCCCAUGAUUAGGCCACAGUACUUUGCAGUUGAGCACAAUCACAAUCCAGAGCUGUUUCACUGUAGUAGAAUCACAUUGCUGGGAUCCUUACACAUUUAUCACAUAUGCAUUAAUGGGUUCAGCUUAGACUUUGUUUUUGAAUUAUUAUUAGCAUAAGAGCAUAGUCUUUUUUGACAUUUUGAAAUGAAUUUGUGUUAUUUGUAUACCAUGCAUUAUGUUUUUGCUUUUUUUGUCAUUGUAAGAAAAUAAAGACAAUCAUUAUGAUGUAAAAAAGGGAUUUUUUCAGCUGCAGUUACUGCAAAAUGUGCAUAGCUACUGUAUUUACUGUAAAUUUGUGCUUUGUCAAAAGUUACCAUGUCAAAAACAGGCUGUGAUUGACUAAAAACAACUCCACUUGUCUGCCACCCCUUUAGCUUGUUCAUCAUUAUUGCCAAGCCAAAUGUGCCUUUGUUUCUUUAUUUUUAGUUCUUUUAGUGAUGCUUAUGUUCUGCUCCUUUACAAAUCUAUUCACAAAAACACAGCUGACCACACAAACCACCACCAUUCACUUGCUCCCUUUUCACUCACAUCUUUUUUUUCUUGUUUUUUUUUUUGUGGGGUGGAGGGCUUAAUUUGUCUGGAGGGCAUUUAUUUAUACACAUUAUGAGAAACCUGUUCUAUGUUUUAUGGAUCAUUGUGAUGUCAAAUAAAAUGUAAGCCACA